AAUUAUCAAGAAUCUUUAUUUGAUCUAAGAUGCUUUGUGACCUGUAGUUUUAACUUCGCACCAAAAGAGGAGAUGAAUCGAUUGUCAGCAGGCAGCUUGUCAGUUUAGAUUUGACUGCUUUUUUUUUUUUUUUUCCCCACUUCCUUGUCACUGAGCUCUGCAACCUGGCUUUUUCUCUCACUUCUACCAGUGGCUGUGUUUCUCCCAGCAGAUGGCGGAGCGAGGCAGGACUGUGAGGGUGAGUGGUCUGCCCGCCGACAUUGAGGAUGGCAGGCUGAAAGAUAAGCUAUUAAUCUACUUCCUGAGAAAAAGGAAUGGAGGAGGGGAAAUAGAGUCCGUCACCAUCGUCAAGGCAUUGCACGUCUGUGCCCUUAUCACCUUUGAGGACAUUGGAGUGGCACAGAGAGUUAUUCAACACAGCCAGCACAUUCUGGAAGUGGAUGGAAAGAGGCAUAAAGUCACUGUAACUGAGCACCAAGAGAGACUGGAUCCAGACGAGGUCAUCCUGAGUUUAUCAGCAACUGUCAACUAUAGCCAGCUUCCCGGGGGAAUGAUUGCAUUGACAAGCCUUCUCACGAGCCACCCAGAUAUCCAGAUAAACUACCAUGCUACUGAGGAACGGUGCACGUUGCGGGGGGCUUAUUCCAAAAUCCAAGCUGCCUUGGCACAACUACUCAGCUACCCUGGAGGCCCUCAAUCAGCGGGAGCAAAGGACCCAAGUCAACUUGCAACAAGUGACUCCUGCUCAAUUCAGAUGGCACAUCAUGAGCCUAAUACGCAGGACUCCGAAGAUAAAAGCAGGAAACCUUGUGAAAAAAGAAAACAGAGAGAGAACGUUCAUCCAGUUGGCCCUUCUAAUGAACACAACUUAAGCUCAUACAGACACUUGACAGAUGCAGGUUACGGCAGGGAAGAUACCGUGCAGACAGAGGGUGCAGCUCUGCAGCUUCCUGAGCAUCCUACCACACCAGAGGAGGACUUCUCACUCAUUGUCGAUGCAGACUUGUUCCAAUAUCUACAGAGAAAUUGCCAAAGGGAAAAUAAGAAGAUCCUCAGUCAGUACAGUGUGGAUGUGGUUGAUGUGACAAAUCAGGGGUUGACAACGCUGUUUUUGCAGAUUGCAACAGGAGUGGGGGAAGAUGGCCGAGAUCAGGAGCGCAUGAGUCUGGCAAAAAAGUCAAUACUGAGACUUUACCAGGAGAAUGAGACCAAGAUCCGUCGAGCCCAGCUCCCUAAAAACAUCCUGUCCCUAAAGGGUGGACUGGAAGCGGCGAUGGAGAACUUAAGUGUCAGACUUCCCAAGCUUCUUCUUAAUGAAGAUGAGCAAAAUAUUUACAUUGUCGGGAGCAGUAGUGAUGUGUCUGAGGCCAAGCAGUUUCUCCUCCUAAACCACAGAGAAGAGAAAGAGGAAUUAGCUAGCGUUCUUAGAUAUCCUUUGGAUGAUCCAGGUACGACAUCUCAUGCUGAUGUGCAGAUCCCCCCCUUCACUUCUUCUGCCACUGUAGAGCCAGUUGAGGAUUCAGUGGAUCAGCUGCUGAGGUCAGAGGAGGAUGAGAGGAGAGACGAAGGAGCCAGAAGGUAUAAACUAGCAGCUCGAUUUAAAGAUUCAGGACUUGCUGCGUUAGGCAAUCGGCCAACUGACUUCAGCUUAAAAGGGCUCUCGUCUCCCAGAAAACAAGCACACAUUAGGCCGAUGUUAGGGCAUGAUGUCUUAUCAGAAGCAGCAGGUAUUCCCGUUGGAAGAGCGCAAGUCCAAAACACUGGAGGGGACAUCUUGUUCAGGAGUGGAGAUGCUUUCACUAUAACGGCCUCUGUGAGGAACAAAACAUCCUUGGACUCGCAUUUAACCGAUACUCGACCCAAGAGUUUUACAGCCCCGCUUAGCACUGCUCAGUCUAGUUUGUCAGAAAGUUCUCCACGUCCACCUGCUGGGUCCGGGUCCAACCUAAGGCGAACCAGUAGUUUCUCCGGAAUGCCUCAGCAGAAGGCCCAAAUUGUAGAACAGAAGAGUCAGGAUGACUCCGGCCAGACCAGAGCACGGUCGUCUAGCUUCAGUAACCGAAAUGGUAGGGACAAGAAAGAAGUCUAUACUGCCGAGAUUACAGUUUCCCCUGCGAUGUGGCAGCACAUAAAAGAAGCCUACAGUAACCGAGUGCACGACCUCACCUCUGAUGUUCAGAUGAAAGACAGGGACUCAAAGGAUAGCACUGAUUUGAUCGUCACCUUAAGAGGGGCAAACUGGUCCACAGUGAGUUCAUGUCAGAAAGGCUUGCAGAAGCUGGUUGAUUCGGUAAGUGUGGACUUUACUCUGCAGGAGCUGAAGUUGUCAGAGCUGGGUAUUAUGGACAGAGCUGAUGAGAAUCUACAGGCUUGUUGUGCUGAGGUGCGUAGUCAGUUCAAGAAGGUAACCAUCCAUGUUUUAGAUACCAGCUUAUUUCUCCUUGGUCCCAAAAGGUUGUGUUCUCAGGUAGGUUCUUCACUGCGGGAGAUAUUUUCUGGAGUUUUAGCUCCUAAUCCUGAACAACAUGACUUAAGUAGUGCCUCUGCCUACAACUCCAAUCAAUAUCCGUUUGUACAAAUGAAUGAGGACAAGGGUGCUAGUCUGCAGGGUAGCAGUAAACCACAAGUAAUGGUAGAGAGCCCAACAUGUCUAGUUGAUGGGGCAGUUAUUAGUCAAGAAAGGAGAUCAGACCAUAGAAGUGACGUCCAAGAGACAGAACUUAUGACUGGGUCUGUCACUAAAACCACUGUGAAGAAAGAUCCUGUCAUUAAGGAGAAAUUGAAGCUUGUAGGUACAGCGACAAUAGAGGGACAGAGUACAGGAAAUGAUAGUAGUGUGUGUCGUGUGAAUGAUGUGGCGACAAAAAGCAGUUCUGAUAAAGACAAGAGAGAGAGAUCCACAGAUUUAACCCGAAGGGACGGUGUACAGCAAAGCCGAACAGAGAUCCAUGACACCCCGCAGGAAUCCAGGUCUGCUGUUGGAGGUCCGUGCAGCUGUGUGUCUGGUGAGAGUGACAAGUUGAUGAAGAGAACCAAGUGUGGAGCAACCUUCUGCUCAAAGUGCCUGGACAUAGAACAUGCACAGUGUAGAGUUUGCGAUGAGGCAGAGCAGACACCGCGGGGCAAAAUGAAAUACUCCAAAAUAUACAUCAGAGUUCCAGGUCACCACAAAGACUCUGCAAUCAAGGUCACUUACUUAAUUCCUGAUGGCGUCCAAGGGGAGGGUCACCCUUCUCCAGGAAAACCCUUUAAAGGAGGGCUGUUUGAAGCUUUCUUCCCUGACUGCGAGGAGACAAGGAGGCUGCUGCCCAGGCUGGAGAAAGCCUUUAGGAGAGGACUCAUCUUCACAGUGAUUGACAGAGAAACGGGGGCCAAAGUCGAGUGGGACUGCAUCCCACACAAGACCUCCCUACAGGGAGGCAAAGCAGGGAGUGGUUAUCCAGAUUCCUCUUACUUGACUCGUCUGUCUAAGAUUUUGACCUUCCAUGGUAUCGAGGAGCCAACCACCACAUCUUUAGAAUAAAAGCAACCUGAGGAGGAUAUUUUAAUGUGAUUUCAUGUGUUUACAUUUUUUUUUUUAAUUACAGCCUUUUAAACCAACUCUCUAUGGUGAUAAGAACCAGGUUGCAUUGCUUUGUUUGACCAAUUGUAUGACGUCUGAUGUACAUAUUUUCAGAUAAAGGUUUUAAACCUGUCAUUGUAGUUGUUUCGGAGUUAUGCAGGUUUGUUUUGUCUAUAAAAAACAUACUUUUCUGUGUGUUCAAAGCACUGUUAAGAUUCAUAUUUUUACUGUGCUCUUCAGGGCAAAGGAUGACCAAGAUUAGGGUAAAAAAAUAAAUUCUUAGUAGAAGAGCGAAAGAAAGUGAAAUAAAUUACUUUUUUAAUGUC